UUUACUCACAAAACACGAAUCCUCUUAUGCUCUCUCUCACAUGCCACAGAGACCGAAUAUUGUUUACUUUUUGAAAAUUUUCUGUUCAGAGUAUCAUUUCCUUUUCUUUUUUUGUUUUCUGGGUUUCAAUUUCUCCGUCUUUCCUCUCCAUACACUCUCUUUGAAAAUCUCUCUCUCUCCUCUCCCUCAUUGCUACCAAAGCAGUUAUGGCUUUCAGAGGGCUAGGGAUGGCUUUGGAACUGAAUUUACACUGUAAAGCAAAAGCAGACCCCGAAAAUUCAAUGAAAGUCUGACACAGCAAAAGUGGAAUUUUCUGAUUAUGGAAUCUACUGAAUUGAAAUAUGAAUUGAAUUCUAUAUUGUGUGACCAAUUGCAUCCUUGUUGAAUGCUUGCGUCCUCAUUGUGCAUAUCCAUUUAAAUGCAUAAGAAUUUGUGCUUCCUCGAUGAUUCUUAUUAGGAAGCAGUCACAACUUUAGACUCUAAAAUGCUUUUUGCAUGGUUAGAGACGAAAAGUGGCAUUUGAAGCCACUGACUUGGACCAAAAAAGAAGAGAUAGAGAAAACAAAAAAAGAAUGAAUACUCUCUUGUGCCCCAUAACCAUGGGACUUACACAAAUUUUUUGAGUUACUUGCCCAUUAAAAAAGCCCCAUAAGGGCAUUUUACUCAUCCUUAACUGCCAAAUAUUAAGAGUUUCAGGGCCCCAACCUCCCAAAGAAGAGUUGUUCAGCGGGGCCAGAAAGACUUGAUCAUAGGAACUUAGACUUGAAGGACAUCUGCAGCAUUUUAACAAAAUCACAAAUAAUAUGGAGUUUUCGUUGUCCAAUGCUUCUUCCGGCAUGGGUGUUGCUGAGCACAGCAAGACCGCAUACCUGGAGCUGCAGAGGAAGAAGGUGCACCGCUAUGUGAUUUUCAAGAUCGAUGAGAAGAAAAAAGAGGUUGUGGUCGAAAAAACUGGAGGCCCAGCUGAGAGCUAUGAUGACUUCACUGCUUCUUUGCCUGAGAAUGAUUGCCGAUACGCAAUUUAUGACUUUGACUUUGUGACUUCUGAGAACUGUCAGAAGAGCAAGAUAUUUUUUAUUGCAUGGUCUCCUUCUGUAUCCAGGAUCCGUGCCAAGAUGCUGUAUGCAACAUCAAAGGACAGGUUCAGAAGGGAGCUGGAGGGCAUCCAUUAUGAGAUCCAGGCAACUGACCCAACUGAGAUGGAUCUUGAAGUCAUCAGGGAGCGUGCACAUUGAGUACUCACUUCAAAGGAUUUCCCUAUCUUUUAGGGUUUUCUUUGGUGACCUACCUACCUGCUUCAAUUUGCUGAUUAUGUGCAUUGUCUGCUCCUGACACAAAUUACAUAUAUAGCUUAACUAUUAAAUAAUUGGCACCUGGGAAGGCUGAUUAGGGGCUCGUGACUAUGAUACCCAGUACAGGGGAUUUUGGGCUUCCUUAUUGCCAUGAUGCUUCUUAGGUGGUACUUUAUGUGUAUUGAUAAUUUGACUGCUAUUCUACUAAUAUGGAUAUUGUAUCA